GACUCAGCCGGUGGUCGGAAACGGUUAUGCCAUUCCACGGAUCACUGGCCGGCUACCGCAUCCAACUAGACGUGCCCAUCGAUCCGAAGUCGUACACCGUAAACUGUAUCUGCUGGCGCCUUCUAGAACCCGUCGCCACACUCAGAGCAAAUCUACAAGACGUACUGCCGCGCCUCUGCGGGUACCAUAAACUCUUCAUCGAACUCCGGAUCAACUCGCCUAUCUCCCGCGAACCGUGCGACUGUCGAGACAACAGCCAACGGAACUUUUGCCCGAACUGUGGAUUUUGUCACCGCUGUGGCAGCGAUCUGUGUACCGUUUCAACAAGCAGAUUCCACUCGUGCAGCUGCCCAUCGUGCCUGGAGCGCUGCUGCCGCCUUGAAGGCGCCAACCCGGAUCAAGUCAAGACCACCCAACUGAAGCACCUUCUGCUUCGCAAACGUCAGCUGCCGCUGCGCAAACGCUGCUCCCAGGCCGCACAGCAGACCGAGUCGCAGAGCCUGGAGGAGCUGCCACCCCUCCGUGGUCUAACACCACCGCCCUCCGCGAACUCCGACAAUCACGCGCCCGCCGCUUGCGCGGACACCGCCGGACAGCUUCAGGUGCAACUCCCAGACUCGCUCAACCGUGAAUCAGACGAGUGGUAGUGCAGUGUGGCAGUGUGUGUGUGCAGUGUGCACCCCUCUCCAACGACCGGACAAACUCAAACAGACAUGGCCGUCACAACGAUGCUGUGCGGAUGGCUGCUGCUGCUCAUGGUAACAAAUACGCCUAACAUAGCUCAUUGCUCCGCUCCCCCCACUGACCCCGGACAUCUUUUCAUCCCCCUAGGGAAAACUUACCCAAGUUAUAGCUCGUGGGCAAUAACUUUAUCGAUCAGCAUGAAACCUUAUCGCAAAGAUGUCCGCAGAAUCAAUGAUGCUACGAACGAGCUCUCCCGCACUGCGAGGACACUGCUCGCCAACCACUCGCCGCCCACCAACGCUACCGCUGCCGACCCCGCUCAUGCUUCUCUAACUGUAUCACUCAAACAUCUGUCACACUCCAUUGAUCAGCUGCAAACAGAGGAGAACCAUCUCGUCGACACAUUUCGUGACCUGCUGUCCAUUCCUGAGGCACGGAGCUCUGCACGCUCGGCCAACAUUGUUCGCCGAACUGGCCGCUCCAAGCGUGUCAAGCGAGGACUCAUUGAUGGCAUCGGAAGCGUAAUGUCGUCUCUGUUUGGAACUGCCACUGAAAGUGAAAUCAAACACUUGGAUCGUAACGUACAGCUUAUCAAUACCAAAGAAGUCGCCAUGGCACAUGCAUUUAAUGGUACGCUUAAUGUUAUUAACUCUACCAGGGUCGCCACUACACAAAAUAGGAAAGCGCUACGUACACUGCAAACGGCGAUGAGCUCGAUGAGCACAUCGCAUUUGAAGCUGAUCAGGGCCGCCGACAAUGCAGAGGCACUCAUCACCGUAUCACUUCGCGUAGCCGACCUUGCAGAGAAUGUCAGACAAGUUACUAGAAGUCUCAAUCAUCUUUAUACUUCGUUGGUAUCGCUCUCUAGCAAACUCGCUCUAGCCCAAGUAGGAAUCCUACACGCUGACCUCAUUCAAUCACGUGACCUCAACCGUGUCCUUCGUAAGGUGAGCAAAAGCCUUCCGGCACAUUUUGCGCUGCCUUUUCCGCCUUCGGCUACUCGCGACUACGUUCGCAUUGUCAAAACCAAGCUCAUCCCAGUCGAUGAUGCUUUUCACGUCCUCUUCUACAUUCCACUGCUCCACACGCUUCACGCGUUUGACGUUUAUCGCUUCUUCCCCUAUCAGGUCCCGCUUCACAGCCAUAACAUUUCCCUUCUCUAUGUUCCCAACGAACCCCGCUACCUGGUUGUGUCAGAGAACAGACAGCAAUACAUCCAGCCCGUCGACUCUGAGAUCGAAGCUUGCCUUCUGAUCAAGCAACCGUUCUGCCCCCUUCACGAACCCGCUUACUCCACGGCAAACGCGGAUUCGUGCGUAGUAGCCCUUUUCCGCCAGGACGAGCUAUCCAUUUCUCGUCUCUGUGCUCCGAUCGUCCGACCUACAAACGACGCUCCUAAAGCUCAUUACCUAUCCCGAGGUACUUGGCUACUUGUCUCUCGUCCGCCGCUGUCUAUCACUGUCGUCUGCCCAUACAAUAGCACCACUAUAUCUAUUACAAAGUCGGUACACCUUCUGACGUUGCCCAUGGAAUGCUCUGCCUCCAGCGACUCUCUCUAUCUCCCUCCCUACUAUGCCAGCGAAACACACCUGGACUUCCCUGAUUUCAACGAUGCCUUUACAAUCUCUAAUGAUUCCUCUUCAAUUCCAAUCUGGCGAUCGCACUGGACCUCCGCUAUCCCUAUUGCCGCACAAUCCAAUUCCUCACUCAUACCCACGCUUCAUGUUGACGGUAUGCCAGCCGAUGACUACUUCAACCGCGUAGAAGCCUUACCACUCGAACAGGUAAUCGAUGAUACGCCAUCUGCAUUUUCAUACACCUGGCUACUCAUUAUCAUCAUCAGUGUACUUGCCACCUGCUGCAUGUGCUUCUGCAUCAAACAUUGCUUUCCCCGCUCCCUCGCUAACUACCGUCUACCGCGCUUUGUGCCCGCUUCCGCUGUCAGAGACAUCCGAGAGCCAGCCAUCGAGAUGGACGAGUGCCGUCACGCACUCAACCCGCCAGCCGCUCCUCCGGGCAGUCUGCAAAGCAUCCCGGAGGAAACUGCAGUGGACGCAACGGCGUCAACCAGUGAAACCCUGGCCGCAACGGAGCUGCCGCGACAUGCCCCGUUUGCUCGCCGACCAGUGGUGUCCCCCCGACCGUCGCCUAUCGUGUGAGGCUACCCGCGUUCCCACCCCCUAGUGCUAGUGUUUAACCAAGAGUGAACCGCCGCGUACGAACUAUCCGGGUCACAGCCUGACUCCGCGACCACCCCAAGUGCCCCAGUCGUGGCCUUGGCGUCGCCGUGCUUCUCCGCUUCAAGCCGCCGUUCGGUCGCCGCGUGACCGACAACACGGACUUCAUCGCCUGCUCCAGUACUGCAGCGAGUGCUUCGGAGCGGCGACGCGCGCCGCCUUGCGCCGCGCACCUUCGUCGCGUCCCCCUUUCGCCGCGCCCCCCCUCGCCGUGUUCCCCUCCCUCCCCCCCGUCGUAUUCUCUCGUCGCGUUGUAGUGUCUCUGCUCGUUCUGUGGCUCCCCCACCCGGUCCUUUGCCCUUCAGGCGUCGGACUCUGCUUUCCUCCUGUAAAGCUCUUGCCCUGGGUGGGGGAGGUGUGUAAGGUGUGCGCCUCUCGCCUUUGGGUAGUACAUAAUUACGCUGCCACCUAUGUACUUCGCUUCUUCAUUGUUUUUGUUAUAUUAAUCACCAGUAGUGUUACCUGCGUGGCGGCAAUAUUUAUACCCCUCUUUAUAUUACGUACAAUUAACACGAUUUACGGCAAUACUUAUACUUUCUUUAUAUUACACGAUUUCAACACUGCUGAGCGCCCGGCUCUGCACGGCAACCCGCGCCCGGCUGGCGGUGUGUCAUUUGUUAUUCAUGUCGAUCGCCGCUCAGCGCCUGAAGCCGUCUGGCAGGCGCCUGGACACUCAGCAGCCGGAGCCGGCGCUCUCUGAACAUCUCAACACACGCAUACCUAUCUAGGAACACUUUUAGCCUGCUAAAUGUCCACUAAUGGUUUUGACGUGUUUCUUGGAACUCUGCUGCGCCGGACACUUUCAGCCGCGUGACAUUAGUCACCCACGUGACAUAGAACUUCCAGAACCUACUAGAACAUUCGAGAGUCGUGACGCAGCAACGACCAAUCACAAACGUCCGAGUUACACUCGAAAAAGUCUUGAGCCAAUCGUAAGCCGCCACGCAGGGUAGAGGGCCACCGCCCCAUAGUAGGAACUAGGUUGAGGGAGUCGAGCUCUGACCACCCCUCACGGGUGCCGUUCAGAAGACCCCCGGCCGUCACUGAGAUCAGACGUGUCGUGCCUGAAUCGUGUGUGACUCCCAAUACACCGGUGCUGAAGAACUGGAGUGUGCAAGGGCUAACACCUGCCCGCCGUGCCCCAGCCCCGGGCCCGUGAACUACGGCGUGUUACAGGUGCUACUGUCUGUAUAUACAGCCUGCAGGUCCGGAGGUGGGACGGGCUGCCGCGUCGCCCAUCAGCGGCUCAGGGGCGCGCCGCCACCGGCUGUCUCCAUAACUCGGCUCUACCGGAGCCGGCCGGCACGACACGGCGCCGCCGGGG